CAGUUCUCCUCGACAUCAUUCAGCAUCUACCAUGUCAGCAGCCCGCGCGACAUUCAAAGACAAGCAGCCGCUCAAGACGCUCGCACGCGCAAGCAAAUCGUGCGCGACGCAGUCUGUCGCGUACGGCGCAUGUAUCGGGCGCAGCUACCAGGAGGUACACCGGGAUAUGUGCAAGGACGAGUUCAAGGCGUUCAAGGAGUGUGUCCAGAAGGCGAUGGGGCGCAAGUGGUAAACCUCGAACUACCUCCGCGCACUCCGCUCCAUGAGGAGGCUUGCGGGUCGUUGAAUCGCUGCACCGGCGUCUCCGUCCUGUCGUGCCCACGACGCGCGUUUCUGCGAGCCUUCCCUCGGCGCAGCACACCACGGCUUCCGCCCUCGCCGACUUGCUCCAUCGGCCUGCACCCACGCCGCUUCCCACUGUAUCAUAAACUCGAAUGCAUGGUAUAUUCUAU